AUGGGCGGUCGUUUUUCCACUCUUUCGAUAGAGGAGCUACAGGGCAUUUGGAUCCGAGCAGGGCAAGAGGAAAAUCGCAGGCUCAACGCGAAGUUUCUGCUUCAGAAACCCCUAACGGAAAACGAAUUUGUCCUCUUCUGGCGUUUGGUCGUAGAGAAAGCCGCAGAUUCUAGAUCAGGUGGAAAUAAUGGGUCGUCCACUACAAAGGAUGAGAAGCGGCCAAACGAGCCUACGAGUCUCUGCGACGAAGCGUUUGCUAGAGACUUGUACCGGCACGCGCCGUCUGCAGUGAUCUGGGCCAAUUUUGCGGCAGCAUGGCGAGCGAGGAACGAUCUGCAAGAAGGCGGCUAUCCUGCUCUACCAUGGAUUGAGUAGAGUGGCGAAACCGCGGAACCGCAGAGCAGGAAGCUGAUUAGUCUACACAAGCGUCUUGAAGGUAAAAAUGGAUUUGGAUGUUCAACAUCUUCUCUGGACAGUUUUUACUUUUUGUGAUACAGCUACUACAGAACACUAGGACGACGAUCUAGCACUGCUCUUUUUCACGCAUGAUGCAACAGAAGGAUCUUUUCCGGAAAAAAUUUCACAUGGUCUGGUCUUUCACAUGGACAAUGUAUGAGCUGAAGUUUCACAAGAAUGACAAUGUAUCUUCGAAAGAAAACUACGAAGCAAGAUGAAUUAUACCAAAAUAACUUUUUAACGGAACAAAUAAAUUGCAUGUAUUUAGUCAUCGUUCUUGGUCGC